AUGGAGCAUACAUUCGACCUUCCCGACUCUACCGAUUGGUUAGAAACGCCACUAUCGCUGCUCGCACCACUCGAAUCCUCGCUCCGCUGUCAAGUCUGCAAGGACUUUUUUGACAACCCCGUCAUCACCUCAUGCAGCCACACAUUUUGCUCGUUAUGUAUUCGAAGAUGCCUAAGUACCGAAGGGAAAUGCCCUGCAUGCCGAAGUUCGGACCAGGAGCUUAAGCUACGGCGCAAUUGGGCCGUUCAGGAGUUGGUAGAAGCGUUUCAGAAUGCCCGCCCGAGUGUGCUGGAACUCGCGAGGAAGGCUGCGAACUCGCGUUUGGACGAGGAGGAAUGUACAGAGCUACCUGCGGCGAAGAAGCGCAAAGUUGAUCAGGAGGCUGGAUCCGGCUUGGGCGCUUCGGAGGGUGUGCGGACGCGAUCGCAGAGCAGACGCGGAAAUAGUCAGGCGGAGCCGGUUCUGUUGGAUGUGAUUGAGGACGACCAAGAUGAGGAAUAUAUUCCCGAAGACGGGCUUGUUGCGUGUCCCAUCUGCGGCAGGAGAAUGAAGAAUGAGGCAGUCUUCCCGCAUCUGGAUACCUGCACAGGGGACCGCGCCCCUUCGAAACAAGCUUCUUUUGGUUCUCUGCAUCCACUGUCCCCAGCCGCGCGCAAAACCAAAGUUGUCACCGACAAACCGCUGGAACGACUCCCUAUAAUCAACUAUUCUUUGUUGAAGGAUAAUGUUCUUCGCAAGAAGCUAAAAGACUUAGGUAUACCAAACUUCGGUCCGCGACCUCUUCUGCAAAGACGCCAUACAGAGUGGAUGAAUCUAUGGAAUGCCAAUUGCGACUCGAGAGCGCCCAAAUCCAAACGAGAACUGUUGCAUGAAUUGAGCAUAUGGGAGCGGACUCAGGGUGGCUAUGCUGCCCAGCCUUCGGAGUCGAGCAAUACAGUCAUGCGGAAGGACUUUGAUGCGGAAUCGUGGUCAGCCAACCAUGACGGCGACUUCAAGCGGUUAAUUGAGAAUGCGCGGAAAAGGAGCGACGCUUUGGUCCGCACAACCAUACCCCAGACAGCUUCAGCCCCAAACAAAGAGGCAGCAGAAUCGGCACCGGGGCAACCCACAGAGCUUUCAACGCCAUCGCAACAGGCACAGAUGCCCGAAAUGCUAUCCGCAGACGCUCCAGCUGCAAUUGCCUCCGAGAGUGAAGCUCAGACAAUGCAUACUCAUAGUCAUAGCCAGGUAGCCAAUGCCGUGCCGGAGUAA